AUGGAAGUACUAAAGGGGAGUAUCACAGAGAAGAACAAAGAGAAAACCUGGGUUUUGAUUGGUACAAUUUGUGGGUUUUUAGUGGUGUUGAUGUUGGUGGUUGCAAUUUUAUUGGGUUGGAGGAAGAUGUGGAUCAAGAAGAGGAAAAGAGAAGAAGAGGAAGGUGUGUUUUCGGUGACGAGGCUUGAAAGACCUGGUGGUGAUGAGAGAUAG